CUCCCUCUCCGCCUUCCUCCCCUCCCUCUAUGAAUUACUAAUACCAACAUGUUGUCAGGCUAAUGUGGCCGCGAGUACCUGGAGGGCUCGCCUCCCUUUCGGGUCUCCUUGGAGCGAGUUGGGGUCCUCUCCAAGCGCCGACGCCAAGCUCGGGCUGGUAGCUUCCUCCCCCCCCCCAACCCCACCGAAAGCACCCUGCACGGAGAGGGGGGGCUCGGCUUGCCAAGUCUGAUCUGGCUGGUGGAAUUUAAAGAACAUUCUCGUGAUGGAGGGGGAACAGCAGCAGGAGAUGGCUGCAGAACCAGCGCCUUCACCUGAGGCACAAGGAGAUGGGCCGAAAGAAGCUGCGGGCAUUGCGUCAAAUAUUUCUGAUGCAGAUGCUUUAAAAAUACUUUUGGAGAUGAAGAUGAAGAGAAGAAAGCAAAAGCCCACCCUCCCAAGCACCGUGACCGAACUUUCCACUGAAGAGGGCUCCAAAGUAUAUGUUGUUGGCACUGCUCACUUCAGUGAUAGCAGCAAAAGAGAUGUAGUGAAGACAAUACAAGAAGUGCAGCCUGACGUGGUCGUGGUUGAGCUGUGCCAAUACAGAGUUUCUAUGUUAAAAAUGGAUGAAAAGACAUUGCUAAAGGAAGCCAAAGAAAUCAAUCUGGAGAAACUUCAGCAAGCUAUCAAACAGAAUGGAGUCAUGUCUGGGUUGAUGCAAAUGCUGCUACUGAAAGUCUCUGCACAUAUCACAGAACAGCUGGGAAUGGCUCCCGGAGGAGAGUUCAGGGAGGCUUUCAAAGAGGCUAGUAAAGUACCUUUCUGCAAAUUUCAUCUUGGGGACAGGCCAAUCCCGGUGACCUUCAAGAGGGCCAUUGCUGCACUUUCUUUCUGGCAAAAGGUCAAGCUUGCUUGGGGCCUCUGCUUCCUUUCUGACCCAAUCAGUAAAGAUGAUGUGGAGAAGUGUAAACAAAAGGAUCUGCUGGAGCAAAUGAUGGCCGAGAUGAUUGGCGAGUUUCCUGAUCUUCAUCGGACAAUCGUCUCAGAAAGAGAUAUUUACUUGACUUAUAUGUUGAAGCAAGCUGCAAAGCGAACAGAACUACCUCGUGCAUCCGAAGCUGAACCCAGAAGAUGUGUCCCGUCGAUUGUAGUUGGGGUGGUUGGAAUGGGUCACGUCCCUGGGAUCGAAAAGAACUGGAAUACAGACUUGAACAUCCAGGAAAUAAUGAGUGUGCCGCCUCCAUCAACCUCAAGUAAAAUCCUCAAGUUUGCUCUAAAGGCCACAGUAUUUGGACUAGUGGGCUACGGCUGCUAUAGGAUGGGACAAAGGACAGUUCAGUUUAUUCUCUCCAUGCCUGUUGCACAGAACUAUCUUCAGAAACUGGCAGAUGUCAAGCCUCAGCACUGAAUUGGAAGAAGAUUCUGCAAGAAGCUGGGGCAAGAUCUAACAUACGUAAGACUAGGUUGGAAAGGAGUGACUUGUCAAAUUUAACCAAAUUUUGUCCAGAGGUCUCAUUUGAUGCUGAGCUGGAGCAUAACCAGUGGAUCAGUACUAAACGCAACACCAGCUGCAACCUAAGCAUUUGCCCACAAACCUGGUGAAAUGGGCAGCAUAAAAUGACAUGCCAGUAUAGGGUACCUAAAGUAUGUACACAUAUAUAUCAUACUAUUAUGUGUAUAUAGUGCAUUUAUAAAGAUGGUGAUAUAAUGGAUCAACAACAUAGAAUCUAAUAUCCUCAGACACAAUUCACUGGAAACUUCCGUUAUGCAAGCACCUUUGAAACGAAUGAGACUGUACAAAGAUGCAGCUGUUGAUUUAACUGAAGCUGGCACAGGAGAACUUGCUGGUGCAUUGUGUCCCAUGAUCUGUUUUCUCCCCCAGAGGAACAGAACAAACCAUAGGCUAGUUGUGUUCCUAUUAGAAAGCACAGUGGCCCAUUAAGUAUGUGUGCGUUCGGUACAGGUAAAUAAAUACCAGGCUAUCCUUCCUGGUGCCAAGCACCUAUACGAUGACUUAGAAGGACCUCUUCUUACUGGAAAACUUUUAUACUUAGUGGCUUUUUUUAAAAGAGAAACUGCUAAAAAAAGCUUUUGAAAUAUCAGAAACGUGCUGGCUGCUAUCGAUGAAACCUCUUCAUAUCUUUUACAAGCCUUACUUUUUUUAGAAGAAAAAGUUGCCUUCAGCAUUGUAUCCCGCCAAAAUGGAUCACUUUAAAACCCCAACUCUUUUUUUUAUUAAUGGAAAGCUCACAAGUUCCAUUCAAGACUCCUUAUGUUUGGUUAGCCCAACCUGACACCCUCAAGAUGUCUUUAAAUUCAGAAUCAUCUGGGGAAAGUCGGGGAAGGACAAGCAAGAUCGUGCUUUGUCGUUUGGGGGCUUUCCCAAGGUUUUCUCUGUCUCAAAUGAAACAUUGCAAUAUGUCUGCUUUUCUCUCUCUCCUUAAGUUGUUGUUGGGUAACUUCCUUUGUUUACAAGGCACACAGUUCCUCCUAGGUUAGAUUAAUGUCACUGAUAAUUAGUAAACCAAAUCCUUGUCAGGAUAAAUUUCAGUACUGCAAAAUUAUUGAGACUCUUAUCUCUCCUACUAAUGACGUUUCACUUCUCCUUUUGGGGGAAAACAAAUCUGGAACUGUUGUGUAUGUCGUAUUUACCCAUUUACCCUCCCUCGGAUGCCAUGUAAGCUAUUUAUCACAAUUCCAGUGGAAUGUAAUAAAAUGCUGAUUUAAAAGAAAAAAUCAGUGGAAUGUUGUUUUAACAGAUUUCAGUCAGUAUUUUUUGAAACUACCUAGGUUUUGUUUGUAUAGCUUUUAUGCGUCCUUUUCAACAAUUCUACUUUUUUAACAUACACAUUUUUUUAAAGAAACAUUUUGUCAUGUACGUUUUGUAGACAUUUAUAUGCCCUUAAGAUUGCCUUGGAGUGCAUAUUGCUUGUUGCCAUCUCAACAGAAUAUUAAUCGUAAAAAUGCGGUUGUUAAUCUAUCCCGUGGAAAGCCUUUUGCCUUUUAUGCAAUUGUCCAUUGGCUGGAGUAAAGACAAUUUCUGACUUCAGUCUUCCCUGCUCCCUCUUCUUUAGAGAAGGUGGCAUUUGAGGAGCAGAAACUAAACGCUGACAUAGUCCACAACCUGACUGCAUAUUUAGCAAAGCAAACGUUUCCAGAUUAAUACCAUUACAGCCUGUCUUUCAAAAUGCUAUUUUGCAAGUUUCCAUUCACUGGACAUAAUGCAGCACAGAUAAGUGCACUUAGGUCCAGUUGCGGGGAAGGGGAGAUAAACAGGAAAUAUGCACAAUUAGCUGGGUAAUGAUUGUGCCUGGGUUUAGUUCUUGCUUCUUACCAAAAGGAGGCUAUAGUCGUCUUCUUCUUUGGUAUUUUUGCUGAUGAUAUGAUGCUGGUGGGGAAUUCUACAUCUUUUGAUGGGACUUAUGAUGGAUUCCAAAGUUUUAUUUAACUAAAUUCAAGCGAUAGAUUUACAGGGCCUAACAGAUUGUAUUCCCCAACAUCAAUGAAAACAAAUAUCCCUAAAUGAAAUUUGAUGCUGCUUUUUCUGUUUUUGCUUCAUGUAUUGCAAUUAAA